CUUGUGCUCUUACUCUCACUUAUCCCUUGGGCUUCUCCAAAAACAUCCUUUUUCCCGGCUCUCUUUUUCAAAAAAAAAAAAAAGAAAAAAUGUGUCAAGGUGCUGUGCCUGAAUAUUUCAAGUUUAAAGAGGCUCCUCCAGAGCUACCCCCAGGUUGGCUAGGGUCUCGGUUCCUACACGAAUUAGAUGUUAUCGAUCCUCAUACACAGACGAAGGAGUACGUGGUGUCCAAAACAGCUCCAUGUCCUAUCAUUGAUGCCCAUGUUCAUGUUUUCCCUCAGAAACUCAUGGAUGCUGUGUGGACGUUCUUUGACAACUUUUAUUGGCCUGUUCGUUAUAAGGGAACAUAUCUUGAAAGUAGAGCUGAUUUCUUGAUCGAGCAUGGUGUCACUCAUGUUGUGCUUCUGGUAUAUGCACACAAGAACGGUAUUGCGCGCGAUUUAAACAAAUAUCUCGCUCAAGUCGUCAACGACAUGAAUACACGCUAUAAUAAAAAGUUCUCAAAGGAAGAGGCAUCCGGCCAGAUUCAGAAACAAAAGAGAAGAAGAGUGGCUACGGGUCUUGCAACGGUCAUGCCUGGAGAACCUGGAGCUAAAGACAUCCUAGCAGAAGCAUUUACAACAUUGGGAUUAUCAGGAAUUAAAAUGCAUUCACAUGUUCAGUCUGUUCCAGCGAAUCAUCCAAGCAUGGAUGAGGUCUAUGAGACCUGUAUCCGUUUCAACAAGCCUGUACUCAUCCAUGCAGGCAAAGCCCCCAAUAGCUCUGCCUACAAGGUCGAUGCAGGCAAGAUUUGUGAUGCUAGCAUUGUGGAGGAUGUACUCAAACGUUAUCCUCGCCUACGCAUGUGUGUUCCUCAUCUCGGCAUGAACCAAUAUGAAGAGUUCUUUGAUUUAUUGGAUCGAUACCCUAAUUUCUAUCUGGAUACGACCAUGACAUUCGGCUCAUUCUUUCAGACGUUUGAAGAAAACAAGCCUCUAGCAGAACUGCUUCGGACAAUGUUUCUUAAGCACAGUGAUCGGAUCCUCUACGGGUCAGAUUGGCCUAAUAUUCCAUAUUCAUGGAGUCGUGAGAUAGCUAACUUGGUUAGUUUGAUGGAUGGUGAUGGUGAUGUUAUUUCUUCGGCUGUAGCAGGAGGAGGAAAUCAAAAAGGUAUACACCGUACAGCGGAAGGCGAUACGGUAUUAGAAAAGAUCCUGUGGCGUAAUGCAAGCCGAUUCUAUGGCAUCUCUGAAGAGGACUUGGGAUUGUCCGACAUUAACUCUAGUGGCAGUCAAAAUUCCACGCCAUUCCCAUCAAAUCUGUAGUUUAACAUGGCGCUUUUUAUAUUCCAAAAUGUGUUUAAAUGCUGUGCAAGUUAUGGAGGGACAUUGAUGUAAAGAUAUUUUUAGUGUAGCCCGUUCCAUUUGGUCGCGAUCCCUUAUAUUUUUUGAAUACUCUUAAAUGUAUUGGCAGCCAAUUGACUCGCUUGUUAUUGCAAGUGGUGUGACUGGUCAACUGGUCAUUAAAAUUAAUUUCAGUUUAUCUUGUAUCCACUAAUCUGUCGAACCAGCUUAAAGGAAUCUUUGCGCAAAGCCUUUGUAGUCAUAGGCGGGUCCG